AUGAUUGUUCAUGUAAUCCAAAUAAUGGUUCAGAUCAUGGACGCUCAACAAAGCUAUGCUGUGAAAGAAUCAAUGGAAGGGGCGUUCGACGGUUCGGACAUGCAGCGAACGCUAUGUCCUACGGCGGAAUUCACACAAGUGUCGUUAGCGCCGCUCUGCCGGCAGGUGAAGAAUGCAAUGAAGUGUGCUGCGAUCGUAUCUGCAGAUUCGACGAUCUCACCGGUGAUCAAAGCAGCUUUAUGA